AUGAACAAGUUCGUUCUUUCCGCCCUUGUGGCAUUCUGCGCGGCUGUAUCUUUGCAAGUUGUUGUAUCGUAUGAACCCCUAGAAAAAGCUGCCUAUGAAACCCAGCAAUCCGACGAUUAUGGUGCAGUGAAGGAUGCAGUCGACGCCAAUGCAGAUGAAGGAUUUGAAGAUGAUCUGAGCGACUACAAUCAUUUCGACGAAGAUGAAGUUGACAAUGAUGAAGAUGAAGAGAGUGAAGAGGAUGCAAACGGAAGCAAUGAUGUCCAAGAAGAUCCAAAACCAUUUUUUCGCAGAAUAAGAGUCCCGAAACCAAGAUUCCGGAUCCCGAAGCCAAGAGUCCCGCUUCCAAGAAUUCCAAAACCAAGGAUCCGGAUCCCGAGAAUCCCAAAACCAAGAUUCCGGAUUCCAAGAUUGCCAAAGCCCCGCCUCCCGUUUGGAAAGAAGUAAAGGGACUUACCCACUGAAUUAGUCUGUUAGAAAUCGAGGCUACGAGAAUCUUUGCCAUUGGUCUUUGAUUCACACUCUAAAUGUGUAAGCAAAAAGUUUUAAUAGGUUAAAUUUUGUGAACUAAUCAACUGAC